AUGGCAAACCUCCUAGUCAAGGGCACCAUCUGGAUGGUGGCCUACACCUAUGGUUUCAUUUCCAUGGUCUUGUACGGCCUCCUAACGGUCCGAUUAGGUAUAUUUUUCAAAAAGCCCACGGAGAAGGAUCAGCUAGAACUCCAACUUGCUCAUGACCGCCUGUGGAAUCUGUCUAAGGACUAUGCUGGACUCUCCCACUAUUUCCUGACUCUUCCUACUGGAUUCAAGUUUCAUUUCCUCAGCAAUGAUGUCCCCAAUUCUCAAGAAGUCUUGGCUUCCAGCAAGCCUUUGGUGAUCUUUAUUCAUGGUUUCCCAGACAGUUGGGCUGUGUGGCGACAUAUUGUUAGCAACACUGACCUGCAAAAAUCUGCUACAUUAGUAGCGAUUGACAUGCCGGGUUAUGGUGGCACCCAAGGCGUGAAAAAAUACAAUGGGACCAACGUCCUGGAGAACAUGACCCAGCUUAUCAUCAAUCUGCGAAUCCAAUACGGCGUUGAUAAUGCUACGGAAACGAGCAAGAAGAGAACUGUCAUCGUUGCCCAUGAUUGGGGAUGCGUUAUCGCGAUGAGACUAGCGGCUGAAGCACCAUCGCUGGCUGACCGUUUCCUCCUGAGCAAUGGCCCAUUGCCAAGCCUGAUUAAUUCUAAUAUCCGCCGUAUGCUUUCUACUGCACGGAAGAUGCUUAACGAUGCAUGGAACUCUCCACUCAAUGCUCGUGCGCCGUUGCGCCAGGCAUGGCAAACCCUGGCUCCUUUGAGAUACCAGCUCAAAAUGUCGGGAUAUAUCUUCGUGAUGCAGCUGCCCGUUCCCUUCGCCCGUUUCUUUCUGACAGGCGGCAACCAAGCAUUCAUGAAGAUGGUCCACAUCGGUUCGCACGGCAAUGCGAAGCCUACUCCUCAAGAUCUGGCGAAUUCCAUGGCCAGCAGCAUGGGCCCCUCUCUGGAAGAGUCCAAAACUGAGACUGCGGACGGCGAGACAUACCCGAGCACUGUUCGCUUCGACUCCAAGUUUGCCAACGUGAUGAAUCUCGCCGGCUACUACCGGGACGGUGCGGCGACCAGUUAUUGGAAGAAGUCUCUCGAGACAGUGGUUGCUUUAGAUAAGCUCGCAGAUGGAAAAACUGGGCUCCAGGGAGUCAAGGGAGCCCUCAAGGCCCGUUCGACCAUAUUUUGGGGCAAGAAAGACAUUGCGCUACACACUGCCAUCUGUCUGGAUGGCAUGUCGGAUUUCAUCCCCAAGGACAGCCAGGUCAUUUUGCUCCCCAAUUCGGGACAUUUCACCCCCAUUGAGUCUGAGAGUCGAGCGGCUCUGACGAAGGCGGUUCAGUGGGCCAUUGACGGCGAGCAAGGCGACAUCGGCGCUGCGUUGGCUACGUCCAGCGUGCAAGUCAUUGCCCGGAAGUAA